UGAGAGUGUCAUGGAAUGAACAUGGCUCGCUUAUGGCGUGGAAUCCUUUUGUUUCUCGCAGGUUUUUCUUUCUUUAUAGUAAAGGCUACUACGAAGAAGCCUUCUUCAAACUUGAUCAAAAUACAAGUUGAACCAGGCAAACAAAGCGAAGAACACUUUCAUGAGGUUUCGGUGGAUCAAGAACACGGCGGUCAAACUAGGCGAAGAAGGAAAAGAUCUCACGCUUGGUCAUGGUGGAGCGGAAGAAGAAGAAGCAGGAGAAAAAGUUCUUAUAAUACCAGACCCCAUUGUGAACAUGAAACCCAUGUCCACUUCAGAACCCGUUGUUGCUCAGGAAAAUUCGUCAACGAUCCUCUGCUGCAGACCUGCUGUGCUGGGCACAUCGUGUCGAAGAACUUGGUCCCAGUUUUCUGCCACCCUUCGUAUGGGUGUGGUCAAUUCCGGUUUGAUCUCAACAGCCAGAAAUGUUGUUAUGGUAACAGCACGUCGACGUGCAAGGACGUGGACCCGGCGUGUGGCUGGGCGAAAUACAACUCGUCGACCCAACGAUGCUGCGAUGGUCGAUAUACAUACUAUAUUACUAACCAGAUGUGUUGUCACCGCCGUGUUAUUUCCAGAUCUAGGGCUUGUUUAUUUUAGCCUAGAUGUGAGCCGUAGCCCGAAGGGACUCCCUGACAAAAAUGACGUUGUACUAGUCGGGCAUUCAGGGGUUUAGAUUUAAGUAAUGGAGGAUUUUUCCUUCUUUACCUAGCCUUGCCUAAACACGAGGUGGGAUGGCAGAAUUCGAGACAAUUGAGCAAACCCGAGAUGGAAGUAAGGGUUUACUUUACCUUUAAGAAUUCUCCCAAAUUCCCGAGUGUUUAGAUGAGGCUAUGUAAACAUGGAAAAAAGUCCUCUAUUUAAGAAAUAGAAAACAUGUACCGU